AUCUAGUCGCAAGGUUAAGGUGACAUGGAUAUAAAACAAGGAGUAGCUUUGGUUACUGGUGCUGCUCAAGGAAUAGGUAAAGCCAUUUGUGAAACGCUACUCAAUAAAGGAUGUAAGGUUUGUUGUUCGGAUGUAAACAGUGAAAUUGGAAACAAAACGGUGGAUGAAUUGCAAAAAGUUUUCGGGAAAACAAGUUGUAUUUUCUUGAAAUGCGACGUCUCGUCAUUCGAAGAGUUUGAAGCCACUUACCAGAAAACUAAAGAAACAUUUGGAAACGUAAAUAUUUUGAUAAAUAAUGCAGGAGUUGGGGUAGAAAAAGUCGUGGACGUUAACCUGAAUGGAGUUAUAAAUGGCUGCUUUAUUGCGUAUAAAUAUAUGGGAAAACAUAAUGGAGGAAGUGGUGGUUCUGUUGUUAAUGUUGCUUCUAUAGCAGGGCUAUUACCUUGUCCAUACUUCCCCGUUUACGCAGCAACGAAAGGCGGUGUUGUUAGCCUUACAAGGAGUUAUGGACAUAAGCUUCAUUAUGAAAAAAGUGGAAUUACAUUUAUGUGUCUGUGUCCUUCUGCCGUCAACACAGAUUUGUUUUGGUCGACUACCGCCGACACCCUCUUUGCGGAAGAGUUUACUAAAAUCUGGAAAAGUCGGAUUGUGUUAGAACCCAGUGCUAUAGCAGAAGCAAUAAUACAACUUCUUGAAGAUGGUAAGAAUGGUGCAGUUAUGACCGUUAUUGGAGGAAAAGAAAACACUUAUGUGCCUAUGCCCGAAGCAGAGAUGUUUUAUUAAUGUUCAAUGUGUUGUAGUAAUGGAAACGUUAGAUAUUUUUCGAUUGAUGCUAAUUAAAAUAUAAACAAGUAACGUAAUUUAUAAAAGUUUAGU